AUUUUAUUUUAUAUGAAAUAUCACCUUUCGAUUAAGCUUAAGUAACUCCGUCUAGAAAGAGAAAGCGAAAAUGGUGAGAGAGAGAGAGAGAGAGGGAGAUCGUGGAUUUGUUAUGUUGACUGACGACAUCUGCUUUGCCGGAAAAAGCCGUCUCUCUAAUAUAUAGUAAAAUUCCAACCCCAUCCAUUUCUAUUUGUCUAUAUUAAUUGCAAGUAUAAUUAUGUUUACGCGUUCAACAGCCAGUUAUUCAACUGCACAAAGCAAACCUCUUCUCUUAUUAGUCUCUUUCUUGCCGAUUAAGUCUUCCUUUCUCAAUCAUUUUUAACUUUUUCAUGAUAAUUUAGUUAUAGUUUUCUGGGUUUUCUAGUCAAUUUUUGGAUAUACGGUUUCUCGCAUGGAGUGAAGAUUGGUCUUGAGUUGAGUCUUGUUUAUGGAGAUUCAAGUGUAAGAGUUGAUUUUUUUUUUUUUUUUCUGGGUUUGUAAUUUGUAUCUUUGAUUGAAGCCAUGGGUGGUAUGUGUUCUAAGCCUACGGCUGUUGAAGACAGCCGUGAGAGUCCAAGAGAGAGGUUUCAUAACAAAGGGCCAUCGAGUAAGCGUGUAAGUUCAUCCAGAAGACAGGAGAUUAUCGGAUCAAAAGACAGACUCGAGAAUAAUGAUGUCAAGGCUAUGUUGAUUGACAAGAAAGUCAAUGGUUCCAAUCGUUAUUAUGAUAAUCAUAGGAUUGAGCCGAUGAAGAUUGACGACCAAAUUGAGAGAAAAAAGAUGAUUCAGGAACAAAUUGAGAGAAAAAAGAUGAUUCAGGAUCAAAUCGAGAAGAAGAGGAUUGAAAACUGUCAAGUAAAUGUAAUUAAUCAUCCUAGUAUGGGGAGAUUGCCUAAGGCUGCAGAAGCAGAGCAGGUGGCUGCAGGGUGGCCGUCUUGGCUUGCUGCGGCGGCCGGUGAUGCCAUCAAGGGAUGGAUACCACGACGUGCAAACACUUUUGAGAAAUUGGAUAAAAUUGGCCAAGGAACUUAUAGUAGUGUUUACAGGGCUCGGGAUGUCAUUCAUGAUAAAAUUGUUGCUUUGAAAAAAGUACGGUUUGAUAAUAAUGAUCCUGAGAGUGUCAAGUUCAUGGCUAGGGAAAUUGCUGUUCUUCGAAAGCUUGAUCAUCCAAAUAUUAUAAAAUUGGAAGGUUUGAUUACAUCCCAGACAGCUUGCAGCUUGUACCUUGUUUUUGAGUAUAUGGAACAUGAUCUUGUGGGACUUACAUCACUUCCUGGCUUGAAGUUCACAGAGCCUCAGGUUAAAUGCUAUAUGAAGCAACUGCUAAGUGGACUUGAACAUUGUCAUAGCCACGGUGUUUUGCAUCGUGACAUAAAGGGUUCAAAUCUUCUUAUUGACAACAAUGGCAUCUUGAAGAUUGCAGAUUUUGGCUUGGCAAGUUUUUUUAAUCCCAAGGAUAGCAGUCCAAUGACCAGCCGUGUGGUGACACUUUGGUAUCGACCACCUGAGCUUUUGCUUGGAGCCUCUCACUAUGGAGUUGCAGUAGACCUAUGGAGUGCUGGUUGCAUUCUUGGGGAAUUAUUCACUGGGAAGCCUAUACUUCCUGGGAAAACAGAGGUUGAGCAGUUGCAUAGGAUCUUUAAACUAUGUGGAUCACCAUCGGAGGAUUAUUGGAGAAAAUCAAAAUUACCUCACUCAACAGUUUUCAAGCCUGUACAACCUUAUAGAAGGCGUAUUGCAGAAACAUUUAAAGACAUUCCUGCAACGGCUUUGGGGCUUAUGGAGACAUUGCUGUCUGUAGAUCCUGCUCUUAGAGCAUCUGCUGCUUUUGCUCUGAACAGUGGGUUCUUUACAACCCAGCCAUUUGCUUGUGAUCCUUCAGGAUUGCCCAAAUAUCCUCCCAGUAAAGAGAUUGAUGCCAAAUUGAGGGAUGAAGAACUUAGAAGGCAAAGAGCAGAGGGAGGCAGGGGCCAUAAGGUUGGCCAGGAAAGUAGCAGAUCUGAUGAAUCUCGGGCUGGUCCAGCGCAUAUUUCCCAUGCUGAGGUAGCCUUAAUGAAGCAGAGAGGACUUGAUUCCAGUACUAAGGACAGAAAUGAGACGUUCAUGUCUCAUAAGGAGGUUGCUCUUGCUGCCAAUAAACAAGCACGAGGUUUGAAAGAACCGAGUAAUGAUUUAUUUGGGCAUCAAUGGAAGAAAGUUUCACAUUCAGGGCCGUUGGUUCAUGGGGCUGCCUGGGAAAAAGUUGGAAAAAGACCUGAUCAUCCUCCAACAAUUUCAACUAGAUCCAACUUGUCGACAUUAUCUGGUUUUGUAGCAUCCAGAACUGGAUCAACUGAAGAUUUCCAAGGAAAAUCCGGUCCUUCACGCCCAGGAGCAGUAAGGCCAGUAGGCAGGUCUCAAAGUUCAUUUAGGGAGUUGUCCACUGGAAAGCAAGAAUAUAGGCAGAACAAUCAUAAGGGUGCAGAAUCUCCUCAGGGAGUGGCUGGAAACGGCAUUGUUAAGGAAGCGAGUUUGCAUGGUCGCGGACCCAGGGGAAACAAGAUUUAUGUUUCUGGACCUUUACUUCCAUCACACAAUGUUGAUCAGUUACUUAAAGAGCAUGAUCAGAAGAUCCAAGAAUUUGCUCGUCGAGCACACUUGAGAAGACAAAACCUCCAAAAAUAGAUUCUCAGGGAAUUCAACCACCAGGCAGCACUACUUUUGUCUCAAUGGCCAGAACUUGAUAGAUGCGUAGUAAAAUCUACGAUCCUCUCUAGUGGCAGAACAAGAAAAGUCAGCUAUGCCCAGAGAGCUAAUUAACUUGUAAUGCUUUUAUGUACAGUACUGUUACCCCCACCCCCAUUUCUCCCCACGUUAUCUGAUGAGGUAUUAGUGCCUCAAUAGGAGUAAGUUUCUACAUUCAAAUUUUCACAUUCUAGUGCCAAAGUAGAAUGAAAAAAUUAUCCAAAAUUUGUUACAAUCUGUAAUAAAAGCUCCACUUUACUA